AUGCCCCGUCCUCAUGCUUACUGGUGCACUCUCUGUAACAAGUCUUUUCCGAGUCGACGUGGCUUUGCUGGCCAUAAUUCACGUCAACACCGGCAACCCAAACCUCAAGCACCGAGGUCAAACUUUCGGUAUCACCCGCAUCUUGACGGUCGACCUUGUGAUCAGGACGGCGAGUUCCUACCACCAAAUGCGCCUCCUCCCGCCAGAGAACCAGUCGAGUCCUACGCGCCAUUCGAGAACCGAUCGGCAUUUCAAUUCGCUGAGCUCGUAUUCACGAAGAUGCAGGUGUCGCAAGGAAGCAUCAACGACCUGAUGCGAACCAUAGCAGCAUACAAUGUUACUCAAGGCGGUGGCGACCCACCAUUUGAAGACGCAGACGACCUCUAUCAAGUGAUAGAUGUGAUUCCGUUUGGAGACGCGCCGUGGGAGUCGUUCGUUGUUCGCUAUACAGGGCCCAUUGACGAAGACUCACCAUCUUGGAAGCAGGCCGAAUAUGUAGUCCACUGCCGCAAUGCGCGACAGGUCGCCCACAACAUGAUAGGGAACGAAGACUACAACAGCAAGUUCGACACGACACCUUACCAGGAGUAUCCGGCGGCUGGUGUGACCCGGUUUUCAAACGUCAUGUCGGGGCAGUGGGCGUACAAACAAGCGAGUAAGAUUGCCAAAGACCCGGCAACCCAUGGGUCGAUGCUCUCGCCCGUCAUCCUUGGUGCCGACAAAACAACCGUCUCGGUUGGUACAGGACAUCAAGAGUUCCACCCGCUGUAUAUGUCGCUGGGGAACGUACACAAUCCCCUGCGACGCGCACAUAAAGACGCGAUCAUUCCAAUCGCAUUCCUGGCAAUACCGAAAGCUGCACGAGGCGAGACUGAGACCGACGAAUUCCGAACGUUCCGGAAGCAGCUAUACCACGCAUCAAUUGCGCACGUCAUGGCGCCUCUCCGGCCAUACAUGCAGACACACGAUGUCGUCCGCUGCCCCGACAGUCACUUUCGACGGGUCAUCUACGAGCUCGGCCCCUUCAUUGCUGACUACCCCGAACAAGUCGUUCUGUCGGGCAUAGUGAGUGGAUGGUGCCCGAAAUGUCUGCUCCCUCCGGAAGAACUACACCGAGGUGGUGGAGAUCCGCGCUGCCUCGAACACACCGAGAACUUGGUUCGUAUGUUCGAUGCCGAGACAAUCUGGGGCACGUGGGGAUUCGAUAUCAAUGUGAUCCCCUUCACGGCACACUUUCCCCGCGCCGACAUCCACGAGCUGCUCACGCCCGAUCUUCUACAUCAACUCAUCAAAGGGACCUUCAAAGACCAUCUCGUCGAUUGGGUCGAGAAGUACCUGUACCUUGUCCAUUCGAAGGCCGACGCGCGUCGUGUCAUGGACGAUAUAGAUCGCCGAAUAGCUGCCGCGCCUCAGUUCCCGGGUCUCCGGAGGUUCCCUGAGGGGAGGAACUUCAAGCAGUGGACAGGAAAUGACUCGAAGGCCCUCAUGAAGGUGUACCUCCCAGCCAUCGAAGGGCAUGUGCCCGACGGCAUGGUUCGCUGCUUCGCCGCCUACCUUGAUUUCUGCUAUCUCGCAAGGCGGUCUGCUCACGACGACAAUUCUCUCGCGGCGAUGCAGGAAGCGUUGGAUCGCUUCCACACCCACCGCGUCAUCUUCGAGACUCUCGGUAUCCGCCCUGACGGCUUCUCGCUCCCACGACAACACGCCCUUGUCCAUUACAUCGCCGGCAUACGACUCUUCGGCUCUCCGAACGGCGUCUGCUCGUCGAUCACGGAAUCAAAACAUAUUCGUGCCGUGAAGAAGCCGUGGCGAACCUCGAGCAGGAACAAUCCUCUACUCGAAAUGCUCCGGACGAAUCAGCGCCUCGACAAGCUCGCCGCAGCGCGUUCGUGCUUUACCAAUCACCACAUGCUCGAUGGUGAUGUGCUUGCUGAUGCGAUGAACCUCGGACCACCACUCGCUGAAGAGUACAAUCAGCCUCAUCUCCUCGAUCUCGUUCGCCGCUUCCUAUUUGAUCAGGUCGAUGCGACUGAUGACAUCGACUCGAGUAUGGUCGAUGUAUCACAGUGCCCCCAGGUCUUCGGCAAGAUCGCUGUUUAUCGCACAGCACAUGCAACAUUCUACGCCCCGAGCGAGCUCUCUGGCGAUGGUGGUAUGCACCGUGAACUCAUACGUGCGAAUCCGUCUUGGCGUGGGCGUCCUCGAUUUGAUACGGUCCUCAUCAACAUCAAUGACAACGAGCCUGGUAUGAAAGGAAUGGCUGUUGGUCGGGUGAUGGGUCUUAUGGUAAUAACCCAUAGUGGUGUUCGUUAUCCUUGUGCACUGAUAGAUUGGUACGAUAAAGUCGUGGAGGAUCCCAGUGAUGUGACUGGUAUGUAUGUAGUCGAGCCUGAAUUAGAUCCAGAUAGUGGACAGCAAGCCUCGUCUAUAGUACACUUGGACAGUAUUUUUCGUGCUGUUCAUCUUAUGCCAGUGUUUGGGGACACUUCGAUACCGAUCAAUUUUCAUUUUUCGUACACCUUAGAUGCCUUCGAGUCUUUCUAUGUCAAUAAGUACGGGGAUUAUCAUUCACAUGAAUGUAUCUGCUAG